AUGAGGAUCUGGCACGGGGCCCGCGGCGGGGCCGCGGCGCGCUGGGCGCCUCGGCUGUCGCUGGCGCUUUCUUCGACAGUGUCGGCUCUAGAUCUGAACCGCCGCCAAUGGCUCCUCGUUGCUGGAGUGUUCCUGGCGUUCAUGUUCCUCAUCAUCCCGGUGAUCUACGCUGUCCGGGUUCUUAUGGAUCGUUUGGAGAAGGCCGAGCUCGAGCUCCGGGCCAUGAACGCGAGCACCGACGCGGGCUCUGCGAAGGCCAGCCCGUCGCACAGGAGACCCGGGCUGCCGCGUCAUCGGCUCCUCCUCGGGCCUCGCUCACGGCCUGUCGGGGUCCCUCAAGCAGAGUCCGCCCGCCUCGGACGUGUUGGGGACGCCGCCAGCUUCGGCCAGGCUGAUCCCGGAGGGCGACGAGCUCGACAUGGCCGCGCCGGGCGCGUCCGAGGAGCGCGCGCGCGCGCGCGCUCGACGCCCGCCGGAGGAUGGCGGCCACUGCGCCCAUCGUCGCGCGGGACGCGGAGGACGCCUGGCCGUCCCCGCGGAGCUGGCCGGGCACCUCCCGCAGCGAGCCAGGGGUCGCGGGCGGCGCCAGGGCAGCGGCCCCACGGCCAGGCCCCGACGCCGAGCCCGAGGCGAGCGACGCGGGCCGCAGGAGGGACGACCAACAUGACGCCCACCACGCGCAUCACCACGCGCACCACCAUACGCACCACCACUCGCAAAUGUUCGGCGUCCGCGGCGCACUCCGGAGGACCGCUGACGUCGUCGCACCACCUCGGCCACGAGGCGGCCGCCGAGCCGCCGGAGCACUCAGAAGACUCGGACGGCGGGAGCGACCCCGGCAUGCACACCGUGGAGGGCGGGGAGAUCGUCGACGACAUGGGGAUCAGCGGGAUGUGCCUGGUGUGCACCGACAAGCAGAUGCGCACGGUGGUCCUCAUAGCCGCCCAGGCGUUCGUGCUCCAGGCGCUGAUUCUCUACUACAUCGCGGCGGCGCUCCAGCCCCACCCACGCCUCAGCGCCGCGAAGGAGGGCCCUCCCCGUUUCCAUUGUGUACGCCGCCAUCUACCUGCAGUUCAUCGUGGUCGUGAAGGACAUCCCGCGCUCCCUGUUCGUGGCGCGCUGGUUUCACCAGCUCCACGAGAAGUGGACGGAGACCAUCGUCUUCGGGUUCAUCUUCGUCGUGGACGCCUUCGUGAUCCCCCUGGCGCACUGUUCAUUGGCGCUCUCUUUUUAUGCACAUCUACGACGAUCGUUGACGUGCUCAUGAACUCGUUCGCCUUGUCGUACAUCUCCUCGAUAGACAACAUGAUCCAAUUGAGAUGCGGAAGACUUUGA